CUGCUGGACGCCUCCGGGGCCGUGCAAGGCGGUGUCCACCCCACGGCCAUUGUUGACGACGGGGCGGUGCUGGGGGCGGAUGUGGUUGUCGGACCCUAUUCCGUCAUCGGACCUGACGUGCGCGUCGGCGCGGGAACCCACAUCGGCCCGCACGUUCUCAUCGAGCGCGAUACCUCCGUCGGCGAAAGCUGCAGGAUCUUCAAGGGUGCCGUGCUCGGCACGGAUCCCCAGGACCUCAAGUACCAGGGUGAAUACUCCGAACUGGUCGUGGGGGACCGCACUGUCGUGCGGGAGUCGCGACCUUGA